AUGGACAAGACGAGCCCCAGUCCCACGCCCACGGCGACCACUUUCGCACCUCGAUCACCUCAAUGCCCCUUGAUCGAACUCGAUGAAUCCGGUGUGGCCGACUUGUUCGCCUCGCUUGGGUUUCCGUUCUAUCAGGAGCAGCUCAAUCGUCAGUUCACCACGCGCUGCCUAUUCAGGAGACACCCGGACAGGAGGCCAGGGCGGGGUGGUCACAGGCACACCAGAGCCACGUAAAGCACGCUCCACGACGUGAUCCUGACCGAGUGAUUUGCUCCCACAGAGCAUGCCAUCACGGGCGAGAUUCUUGUACACCUCGACCACGAGGCGCUCAAGGACGUCGGCAUCCAUUCGGUCGGACAACGGUUGGCGAUCCUCAGGAGCGUCUAUACCCUCAAGGUGCAGCAAAACAUCCCCAUCGAAGCGGGGCAUUAUGUUCCUCCUUGUGCGUUUUGAAGGUUCUUUGAAUCGGUACCACUCCACUUCGUGUGCUGACGUGACCAUGCAUUUCGAACUCGAAUUCGGCCUCACCCCACCCCCACCCAACCUCGGUUCGCCGUUCCUCUCCCCGUCUCUUGAUUUGCCCCAGCCGAGGACAUGGAAUCGGCAAUGAUGGAUGGUCAGCUUGGUGUAGCAGCCUCGACGCAACAGGUCGUCGAUCUACUCGGCGAAAGAGGUACGUGGGGAGCCCCUCAUUCGCUUCCGUUUGGCCACCAACCCUGAUCUCGGACUGGCUCGUCACGGGUCGUAUCAGAUCAACGAAUUCGGAACCUCGAGAUGGAAGUGCAACGGUUGUACGACACGCUACAGACAAUACGGGAUGAUACGCUAUUGCGGUCGUCCACCAAGGUACGGUGCUGAAUACAGCCCGCAGAUGAUGAUUCAAGGACUAACACACUUUGACCUCGCAUUGCUCUCGUUGCAGGCUCCUCGACCGACCGUACGGUCCCCGACAUCAGGCCUAUUCCCUCACCCACUCUCGAACCAGUCGACCUUGUCCAGGGCAAAUUCGACCUCGGUACGCCCAUCGACGACGGCCGGAGUGCUCUCUCACAGCGCCUUGCCCGACUCUCCUCGCUCGCCCAUGGACUCGCCUCGUCUCCUCGUCUCGGACGGGUCCCUGUACCCUUCCGGCGCCUCAAGUGUAGGCGAUCUUUCACCUCAACGCCACCUCUCGCCCCACGAGUAUCAAUCCGUCUCGCUUCCCGCUACGGCCGUGACCCCGACAACUUCCUCCACUCACGUCACGAACGACCACCACGGCGGCCCCGGUGAUUCGCAUCCCUUCAAUCACCACUUGAACUCGUCGACCAACUCAAACUAUUCUCAUCCUCAAGAUCUGAGUUCAUCGACGACCUCCUCUUUGGCCGUCCCGAGCCGUCAAGCCAGCGAUCGUGAUCGUGACCGUGACCGUGACCGUACCGGCUGGGAUCGCUCGGCCGACUCGAGCAGCAAACCCGUCUCCUCUCCUUCGGCGAUGACUACCACUAGUGUUGCAAGCGGUACUGCGUCCUCGUCGGCUGAUAACCCUUAUCGAAGCUUCCGAGUCACGCUGGAGGACCCUUGUUACAAGGUCUUGCCCGCUGCGUUGAAAAAGUACAAGAUCAACGACGACUGGAAACAAUACGCGCUGUUCAUUUGUUACGGCAAUACAGGUGAGUGGUCUCGAUGCUUAUGUAUCAGACGCGGUCUUUGCUCACUUUGAUUCCAUUUACGAUGUGCCCCACCGAAAGAGCGAUGUUUGGCCUACGAUGAGAAACCCUUGAUCCUUUUCCAGAAACUCAAAGAGUCGAACAACAACCCCGUCUUCAUGCUCCGCCACAUCAAGGACAUCAAAUCCCCUAUCGCGUUCGCUACAGCCAAGCACGCCGCCAAAAAAGAGAAACGCGCUCCCGGGAUCGGAAACGGCGUUGAUAAAGUCCCGACGAUGAAUCGGGAUGGUGUGAGUGCGCGACCGACAAGGUUGCAUCAUCCGCCUGUGUUGUUGCCUGUCGGGAAGGAGGCGGGCAAGCAGGGUUUGGGCGGGGAGGAUGAUAUGAAACCGCCCGUUUCGCCGAGAGAGGUACCCGGGUAUUGUAUUGCUAUCUACCCUUAUCUGGCCGAACGAAAGUGAGUUGUUGUGGCGGUAUGUUGUUUGACGGGUUCGAGGCUGACCUUUCUACACGUCCUCUUUUCACCAGGGACGAAUUUGAUGUUUCGGUCGGCGACAGUGAGUCAUUGGCCCCGGACCCGCGUGAUUCGUGACGAGUCUGAACUGACCUGAACUCGUAUUCCUGUCUCACAGCCUUCAUCAUUAUCUCCAAAACCAAAGGAUGGUGGGUCGUAUACCGGGAUCUCGGCCCCUCGACCUCAUCACUCGACUCCCCCGUCCCCCGCAAAUCCGCAUGGGUACCCGCCGGUUGUCUCCUCGAAACGACCGUCCCUCCCUUAUCCCUCGCCGAUCCAUCGAUCCUUGCCUCCUCGGCUUCCUCCCUCCCUAGUACAGCCGCGAACGUCCCUAUCGAACCUCAAUACGUCGUCUCCGUUUCGACGCCGAAUAUUGCUUUGACGGAUUUUGCGAAGACGAGGAGUGAUGAGUUGGAUAUCAAGAAGGGGCAACAGUUGAGGAUUUUGAAGAGGUAUAAUCACUGUCAGUUUGAUAAACAGUUGAAUGACUUUGGGAGGGUGUUGAAGUGUGAGCUUACUUCUUCGGACUUAUCUUCCUGACAGGGUCGUAUGCGAUUCGAGAGGAUGGACAUCGUGGAUGGGUGAGUCUGAACUAAAGUACAUGCCGUAUAGAGCGUUUCCAGGACAAGAGCUGACGGCUUACGUCCGUGUAACACUUGUCCUGCCAUUCAAUUUGAUACGCGAAGAUUCCGAGCUGGUGAGGGGUUUCUCCUACUGCUUAGAGCGCGCGAGGUAAAGUCAUGCUGACCAUGCUAAUCACUACUUCGAUCAUAUUCCAGGUUCUGUGGCCGCAUCCCCCGAACAGGAGAAGGGACCCCCACAACACCAACCACAGCCGAAGGACUCAAGUCCUCUACCGGCGCCUCGUCAGCCAAUCUAUCCCAUUCGACGGGCUCAACCUCCAACCCCUCAACUACAACCUCGACGUCAAAUGGACUACCCAAAUUAGGCUCUACUCUCCCACCCAUCAAGACGGGUGGCGGGUUGAUGGAUAAUGUGCCUUUGCUUGGUGGGAGAACGGAGAGGAGUGAAGAGGUUUGA